AUAAAGCAUGCUUUCCAAACCAGUUUAGGAUUUUGAUUGUAGCGUACCUCGUGCGUUGGCUAAGUUAAGGACAAAAAAAAGACGAAUUAAUCGUGUAUGGUGAUUCAUAUAAUAUUGUAUCUAACAACCAACAGAUUGUCAAAAAAUGAAAUUAGUUAGGUUUUUGAUGAAGCUGAGCCAUGAAACUGUUAUAAUUGAACUGAAAAACGGAACACAGGUUCAUGGAACAAUAACAGGUGUUGAUGUUGCCAUGAAUACUCAUUUAAAGGCUGUAAAAAUGACAGUAAAGAAUAGAGAUCCUGUUCAGCUUGAAACUCUAAGUAUUAGAGGGAACAAUAUUCGGUACUACAUUCUACCUGAUUCUCUUCCUUUGGAAACAUUGUUGUUGGAUGAUUCUCCAAAAGCCAAGGCUAAAAAGAAAAAAGAUGCAAGUGGUAGAGCCCGUGGAAGAGGACGUGGACGCGGAGCUGUCAGAGGAGGGCGUGGACGAGGGCGUGGACGAGCCACUGGUCCUCGACGCUGAAACUUUUGUAAUUUCAAACGCUUUCCAUUUUUUUUCCCUUUUGAGCAAAUGUGGAAGAAGUUUUCAUUUGCAUUACAAAUCGUCAUUGUCUUA